AUGGAAACUAUAGUGGCUUUCGAUCUAUAUGGCACUCUGUUGUCUACGGAAUCCAUCGUCAACCAAUUGGAGAAACAUUUCGAUCAUGCCCAGGCGCAUUCAAUCUCCGCACUCUGGCGACGAUAUCAACUGGAGUAUACAUGGAGAUUGAACAGCAUGGAACGCUACGAAGAUUUCUCGACAAUCACACAAAAUUCGCUCUUACACACUCUAGCCGACUACAAGACCAGACUCAGCGACGACGACAUGGAACAGGUGAUGCGCGCCUACGACAAUCUCUCGACAUUCGCCGACGUGAAACCAACCUUAACCCGCAUAGCCUCAGACCUCAGCAUCCAAGCAGUGGUAUUCUCCAACGGCACCAAGUCAAUGGUCUCAAACUCGGUGCUGCGGUCUGAGGAUCUGUCGCCGCACGCCAGUACCUUCCAAGAUGUGAUCACCGUAGAUGAGAUACAGCAGUACAAGCCCGCUCGAGCCUGCUACCAGCAUCUGGCCCGGAAGAUGGGUAGGGAUCCUACCACGAUGAACAACAUAUGGCUCGUGAGUGGGAAUCCGUUCGAUGUGGUGGGUGCGCGAAGUACGGGGAUGCAGGCGAUUUGGGUUGAUCGUGAAGGCGGCGGAUGGAAAGAUGCUGCCAGUCCGGAUCUACGGCCCACGGCUACGGUGCACAGUCUGGAGCAGGUUGUCCAGGAGAUUCAGAAGCACAAGGAAAAUUUGAAAAGGUGA